AUAGCUAUUUCGUGAAUAAGUAAAAGGAAUGAAAAUGAAAACAACGCUAAUUAAAGCUACGGUUUUGUGCAGUUUGGCAGUUUUCGUUACUGGCGAAAUCAUUGUUGCUUCCGACGCGAGAUUGGCGUUGAAAAAAAGGUCGAUAGAUCUAGAAGUGGUACGCUGGUGCGAUAUCUUUUAUCAAGAAGAUUUUCCUCCAAAUACAGCCUGUGAAGGAAAAGAAGAUAACAUAUGGGACUACUUCCCUACCUGCUGUAAUGGUGCGUACAAUUGUCGAUCAGGAACUAUUUGGGAUGUGUAUUUGUGUGCCCCACAAUUUAUUUAUGAUGUUAUAAUGAAGACCUGUAUCAAGUUUGAGGGAAAUAUUUGUCCGUAUUACGAAACUGGUGGUAAUUCUACUAUUCUAACUACAACGACAAGUGUGCCAACCCGCACAAAUUCACCCACGACGAUAAUGGAUGAUUUUGAAAGCACUUCGCCUGAAACGACCGAGUCUAUAAAAAAAACAACGACAAACUCGCCAGAAACAACGACAAUCACUCAAAUCAACUGUAACAACGUGGUCAAUGGAAAGAUGGCACACCCUACCGAUUGUACCAAAUACAUCGUCUGCAAUAACGAAAAACCUACUAUUCAUGAUUGUUUAAAAGAAUACAUCUACUAUGUACCAUUUUCUGUUUGUUUGCCCGGCAAUACUAUAUCAUGUAAACUACAUUCAGUAUCCGAAAAGUAAAGAUUAAAGGGAUGAAAAAAAACACAUUUUUUUAAUACCUCAAAUAUAAUUACUGGCUUAUAUACAAGAUAUUACGUCGUCCAGUUUUAUGAGAUCCCGAAAAAAUACAGUUCUUUCGAAAUACAGAUUACGAAUAAAACUCUUCAGUGAUAUUUACUCUGCUCCAUUACUUUAUAAAAUCUUCAAUACUGACAUGAUGAGUGUUAGAAAAACAAGUCUAGUAGCUAUCUGCAUUGGUACAUUCAAGUCACUGCGUCCAAAUUCAACUGUUUCAAUCAUCAGGGAAAAGUGUCCUAGGUUAAAUGCUCUGAGCGAGAAUUGAAAUUCUACAUCGCCUAAGAUCAAUUGUAAAUCAUUCUGUUUCAAAAAUGAUCUUAGUAUAAAUGUAUAAUAUAUAUGAGAAAAAAUCGGUAAAAAUGGAUUUUGCAAAUGUGUCCAUUUUUUUAAUUUUGUGAAAUAAAGUUAGAUAAAUGUAUAUAAGAAUCAUUAAAAUUGAAUAACACGCCAGUGGCAGACAACCUAUGUAGAAAUUUCUAUCUUCUACUAUUUCAGUUCUGAUCCUUCCAGUAUUCAAAAUUAUUCUUUAUAUCUAUAUUGAAUUUGCAUUCUUCAAGAGAUUACGAAAAUGCUCCGCAUUGUAAAACAAUAAACACGUUAUCACUAACGAAAAUUUAUUGUUCAUAGUUAGUCAACUGUCUUCCUGCGUAGCAAUGAGUAAACAAAGCAAAUAAUUGUCAGUUCAAUACCAUUCGUUUUGCACGAAUGAAGAGAACACUUCAACUCUGGACUGAUUCUUACGGACGGAUUAUUUUUGAAUACACUAAAAAAAGCUGAUGGCAUAUUACCUAUUUUGCGUAAUCCUUAGUUCCUCGAAAAUGUAAAAGUUUCGACAGCGAUUACUUUUAGGAUAAUAGACGCUAUGAUUUCUUGAGCUGUAAAAUCAUAUUUUAGUGCAUAAGUUAAUAUCUAAUCUAAGGAGAUACUAAUCAAAUUAUUGACAAACGUUG